ACAAGAUUCAAACUACUAUAUCAUGCAUACUAUCUCCAAGAUGAAAGUAAGUGUAACAGGAUGUGGUGUUGGAAUAGUAGUAAUUGUACUAGUCAUCUGGUAUGGGUGGAGAUUUGUGAAUUGGGUUUGGUUAAAACCAAAAAAGACGGAGAAGUAUCUGAAAGAGCAAGGGAUGAAGGGAAGCUCCUACAAGUUUUUAUUUGGAGACGUGAAAGAGAUGGUGAAGAUGGCAAAGGAGGCCAAAAAAUCUGGACCCAUGAUCAAUCUUACGAACGAUAUAGUUACUCGGAUCCAACCUUUCAUUCAUAAAACCGUCAGUACUUACUGCAAGAAUUUUGCCUUCACAUGGUUGGGGCCGAGACCUUGUGUGCAUAUCACCGAAUUUACUAUGAUAAAGGAGAUAUUAGCUAAUUACAAUAAAUUUCCGAAGCAAACCGGAGGAAAUCCAUCUAAAAAGUUUCUUAUUAAAGGUAUAGUAGCCACUGAAGGUGAUCAAUGGGUGAAACAUAGAAAAAUCAUCAAUCCAGCUUUUCAUGUCGAGAAGCUCAAGGUUUGUUCUUCUUGCCUUACGUAUUACAACAUGAAAGUUAAUGGUAUCAUAAAUCCGACCUUUCUUGCUUAA